AUGGUUUCAUUCAACAAAAUUGCUCUUGGAGCCGUCCUUACAUCAAUUGUCUCAGCUGGUUCUUCUGGUCUUCAAAUCGAAGUUUUAACCAAGGUUCCAGCUAGCGAAUGUGUCGCUGCUGGUAAAGGUGAUACCAUCAGAGUACACUACACUGGUCAACUUGAUGACGGUACUGUGUUUGACUCCUCUUACCCAAGAGGUGAACCAAUUACUUUCACCUUGGGUGUUCGUCAAGUUAUUCCAGGUUGGGAUCAAGGUUUAGAUGGAAUUUGUGUUGGAGAAAAGAGAAAGUUGACUAUUCCUUCUGACUUGGCCUACGGUGAUUCCGGUAUUGGUGGAGUUAUUCCACCAAAGGCUACUCUUACUUUUGAAUCUGAAUUGGUUGAAAUUGUUGAGAAGGCUAACACUAAAGAUGAACUUUAA